GCUUUUUUCGUGUAAACACAUAACGUAAGCAAGUUUUUUUUGUCAACAACUAACAAUAUGAUUAGAUUAGCAGCGUUUACCGUCGUUUCAUUGUAUUUCAUAUUGAUUACAAUAGAUGCCGCUCCAUUACAAACACUUCCUCAAAAACCUGGAUAUGUUCCAGUGUAUAUCCGUUAUGGAGAUACUCCGUUGGAAGAAAUUAAUCCAGGACUAGCAGUUGCCUUCAGAGAAUUCGGAGGAGAAGCUCGUAACUUCCGCGAUGGCGACAAGGAGGAAAUGUUGGCGGACGAAGCGCCAAAAGAGAUUUCCUCAAGCGAGUCAGAGAGCAAGGAAGCCACAAAAGCUCCAGCGUCUGAGGGAUCCAGCUCUGAAUCGAAGAGUGCUGAAAAGGACAUCAAGGAAGAACCCAAAGCCUUGCCCGUAAAGAAGGAAACUGAAAAGAAAGUCCAAUAAAAAUUAUUUUUAUUUUGGUACAAUAAACAUUCCAUAA